AUGUCCAGUCCUUACUUCCUAUUUUAUGAUUGCCUUCGAGCCUUUCCUAGCACCCUGUUUUCAGCUGACCUCUAUGAUCAGUGGCUGAAUGUUCUUGAUGAAGGGAAUGACGAGGAGGCCAGAGACAUCCAGAGGCUUUUAGCCCAUCUGCCCAGAGCUAACGCAGCUGUCCUAAGACACUUGUUUUCAUCAUUAUAUGCAAUCUCAUGUAAUGCAUCAUACAAUCAAAUGACUACAUCAAAGUUAGCUUUGUGCAUCACCCCGAGCCUUCUGUGUGUCUGGCGAUCUACUUCAACAAGCCCAGCCCUCGAAGGCGAAUUGAGGAGAAAGAUUUCCCUUGUGGAGUUUAUGAUUGCAAGUUAUCCCAGAAUAUUUGGAGAUGACCAGAAGUCUAAGAAGAGCUGUAUGAAUUCCAAAAGAAACUUUGGAGAGAGUAGCCGGCAAGUCAUCGCCACUGCGGGGCAGAGUGCUGCCGGCCUAGAUGCCGAGCCUGACAACCGAGAACCAGUGCCGGACGUGCCACAGCCAGGCGUGACUAUGAAUGCUCAAACCAAGCCCCGCCACGACACGGCGGAGCCCGGCACCCGGGAACCUCUUCCGGACGUGCCGCCUUCGCGCACGGAUGUGACCGGCGUUUUAACCGAGCCCGACCACGACACGGCGGAGCCCGGCACCCGGGAACCUCUUCCGGACGUGCCGCCUUCGCGCACGGAUGUGACCGGCGUUUUAACCGAGCCCGACCACGGUGCUGUGGGCUCUCUAAUCUUGUUACACAAGGUUUUUCCCAAACUUGUAGCGCCCUCAGUUGAACUUAUGAGCAAUCUCUUUGGCUCAUGUGUGGUUGCUGGAAACCUUUGA